AUGCUUCGUUGGUUGACUUCAUUGGUCUCUUCUCGGACAGUCAGGAGCGCCUCGCUGAGUUGCUUGAGGAGUGGACACUCCCAUGAAGAUAUCGACCAACAUUUCGGUCGCCUCUCACAGUUCCUGCUCCGUUGGAAAACUUUGCAGUCGCCUGACGACACAGUGGCUUGCGUUCGAGCUUUUCUUGACCAAGGGAAGUUCUUCGAGAAGGAGAGGGUCGUUGUUGCAAUGAACAGAACGCGUGAUUGGAAAGGGUUCCACACAGCGGCCGUUCCCAUCGCCGUGAUGGGUAUGACUGGCCCCGGGGCACCGCAUCACUUUCUUUUGCAACGACGAGCAGACGCAGGACUAGGCAAUGACCAAAUUGAUGACUCCUACUGGAAGAAAGCAGGUGAACACUGUGACGACGUGCUGCUCAGGACGAAGCGUUGGCUGCACAGCGAGCACUUUAGCUUCAACAUUCUGUUCUACCCCAAGGAAGUUGCCAUGCAAUUGCUUCCACUUGGAUUGCCUGCAGGUUUGGCAGAAAACAAGUCUUUGGCGCAAGACUUGGUUGAUCACGUGAAGAAGUACCUCCCGCUGCUGCGCAAUCCCAUUUUCAAAUUGGAGCGUGCGGCGGAUUGGUUGGAAGGCUGGAUUGGCGGGACGCUCCAAGACUACCCACUUUUGGAUAUCAGUGCGCUGAAAGCGCCCGAGAAGAAACUGGCAUUGGUCAAGUCCUACACCAAGAGGGCCAAAGUCAGAAUCGUGCACCGAGCAGCGGCUUCCGCUUGGAUGCAGGGAGUACCUUGGGCAGAAGCUUUGGACAUUGCCUCCAAAGCCCUUGCUGCUGCUGAUGGAAUCCCCAGAACACUCGCUUUGUCCAGAAAAGGUAGAGGCAAGGGUAAGGCUAAGGGAAAAGGUCCGGCCAUUGCCAAAGGCAAGGGCCGAUCGAAGUGA